UUCACAGAAACUGGUCUAGCUCAUCUGAGGAUAGUUCUGGUGGGGAAGACUGGAGCAGGGAAGAGCGCAACAGGAAACACCAUCCUGGGUGGGGAGGGGUUUAAAGAAGACUCCUCCCCUGAGUCUGUGACUGCUCAGUGUGAGAAACAGAGUGGAGAGGUGGAUGGGAGGAAGAUUGAUGUGAUUGACACGCCGGGACACUUUGACACGUCAGUGACUAUAGAGAAAAUGAAAGGUGAACUAGAACGGUGCUUCUACAUGUCUGUCCCAGGACCCCAUGUGUUCCUGCUGGUGAUCAGACUGGGGAGGUUCACAGAGGAGGAGAGGAACACUGUGAAGUGGAUCCAGGACAACUUUGGAGAAGAAGCCUCAACGUACACUAUGGUGCUGUUCACUGGAGGAGACCAGCUGAGAAAAAAAUCUGUUGAGCAGUUUGUAGGAGAAAGUGUUAACCUCCAGGAUCUCAUCAGCAAAUGUGGAGGUGGAUAUCACUCUGUCAUCAAUGACAGUGACAGUAGCGCCAACCCUGACCAAGUCCCAGAGCUGCUGAAGAAGAUAGAGGAGAUGGUGAAGAGGAACGGAGGACAACACUACACCAACGAGGUGUACCAGAAGGUCCAGAGGAAGAUCGAAGAGAAGGAGGAGAGGAAGAGAGAAGAGGAGAGGAAGAAAAAAGAGGAAGAAAUGAAGAAACAAGAGGAGGCGAUCAGGAAGCGGGAAGAGGAGGUGAGGAGAGAGGAGGUGAGGAGAGAGGAGGUGAGGAGAGAGGAGGAAAUAAAGAGAGAGGAGGAGUUGAGGAAGAUGGAAGAGGAAAGACAGGAGGAGAGGAGGAAG